GAGUGAGGAGGUUUUGACUUAAGGAAAACUAACUGUACUCCCGUCUCCUGCCUUGUUAUUUCUCCACAACACAAAUAUUACAGUGGCGACGAGGUGGUUAAACUUCUUUAACGGACAUUGCUUGAAGGGAAGAAUGUUGCGUGAGUAAUGAAACUCAAAAUAAUUACGUAAUUCGUCAGUUAUUUUUUAUUUUCUUUCGCCAGUAAAAAAAGGCUAAGCACUGCUAGCAGUUACAGUGUUCAGGAGCUGCCAAGUAGCAAGACUAUUGGAGUCCAGAAUAGCGACACUGCCCUCUGGUGGUAAAAUAAAAAGAACUGUCAUUGAACCCAUUGAAAUUAGGCGAUCUCAGUGGAGAAAUAUUAUCAAGAAAGAAAAAAAAAAGGAAGAAGGAACGUAACACGGUGUGUACAUUAUUACAAAUGGGUGCAGUUUACGAAGAAAUUGCAGAAACUUCUGAAGUGAAGAAUUAGAUGACAAUUAAGGAAUACAAGGAAUAAGGAAACUGAACAAUUAACUGUGAAAAUGGAACCAUUGGUCGAGUACCAGAGUUUGAGUCUACAAAAGAGGAUUUUGAUUCCUAUUUGGAGCGUUUUGAGCAUUGGCUGGCUGCAAAUGAAAUCAAAGAGGAAAAGAAAGCAGACGUAUUUCUCAGUGUUUUGGGUCCAACUGAGUAUGGAUUGCUGAAAGGUCUCAUUGAACCAAUAAAAGCAGUGGAGUUGAACUAUGCAGAACUGACUGAAACUCUUUCAAGGCAUUUCAAGCCUAAGCCAAUUCUCAUUGCAGAACGUUUCAGAUUUUACCAACGUCACCAGAGUCAAGGGGAAACCGUGGCUGACUACAUCCUUGCUUUGAAAAGGCUGGCAAGUACAUGUGAGUUUGCACAAUUUCUUGAUGAUGCUCUUCGAGACAAGUGUGUAUGUGGUCUCACAGGUGAAGCAUAUCACAGAAGGCUUCUGUCAGAGAAGGACCUGACCUUUCGGAAAGCCUGUGAUAUCGCACUUGGACUCGAGCUUGCCCACAGGGAUACUAUUGAGCUAUCGGGAUAUGCAGAACGUCAGAAAGGUGUUCACAAGGUCAGUGAUGCACGUGGUGAAAAAGGCUCACAAAAGUCACACUUUUCUCAGUUCCGUCCUCAAGGUUACACAAGAAAAAAGCAGCCCACAUCUCAAAGGUCUAAGCCAACUUGCUACAGAUGUGGGGGAGAUAAUCAUCAGCACAGUGAAUGUCGAUUCCAAAAUGUAAAGUGCCACAAUUGUGGAAAGGUUGGACAUUUACAGAAAGUGUGUAAAGCCUCAAAACGCACAGCAAGAGCGCACAAAGUGUCAGACGCAGCAUAAGAAGAGGAAGGUACAACUGAAACAGUAUUGGAACUGUUCACAGUGUACACAGCUCAACAACAAAAAGAUGGAAUCUAUCUCAACAUGGAGUUAGCGGGAAAACCAGUAAAAAUGCAGCUGGACACCGGAGCGUCUGUAUCUCUGGUUCCAGAGAGACUCUACAAAGAAAAACUGAAAGAGUGCCCUCUUCAGCCAGCGUCCAUCCGCCUUUCUUCAUACACUGGUGACACUAUUCCUGUGUUAGGGCAGAUCCAGGUACCAGUCCGGUAUGAGGGGAAGGAGUGGAUGCUACCGCUUGUCAUUGUUAAAGGAGAAAAAUCAGCCUUGCUAGGCAGAAACUGGCUACAAAAGAUCAAGUUGAACUGGGGAGAAAUCUUCAGUCUGAGAAAGGACAAACCAGUGAGUCAGGCUACACUCACUAACAUGCUGGAGAAGCACAAAGAACUUUUCAAUGAUGGCUACGGCGAAAUACAAGACUUCACAGCAAAAGUCAGAGUGCAAGAAGGAACCAAGCCUAUCUUUCACAAACCACGUCCAGUUCCCUAUGCUCUUAAGGAAGCAGUAGAGAAGGAACUGGACCGCCUACAGAAGAAUAACAUAAUCACGAAAGUAGCGAGGAGCGACUGGGCCGCUCCGAUUGUUGUAGUCCCAAAGAAAGACAAGACCGUCAGAAUGUGCGGUGACUACAAGGUCACAGUAAAUCGCUGCAUACUACCAGAGGAAUAUCCACUACCAAACGCUGAAGAUCUGUUUGCCACUCUAGCUGGUGGGAAGGUUUUCAGUAAGCUGGACCUGGCAUUCGCUUAUCAGCAACUGAAGCUGGAUCCGGAGUCAGAACAGUAUCUGACCAUCAAUACACACAAGGGGCUAUUCAGAUUCAAUCGCUUGGCCUAUGGAAUCUCGACAGCUCCAGCGAUAUUCCAACACACAAUGGAUCAGAUCUUGGACGGUAUAGACAACGUUGUGUGCUUCAUGGACGACAUCCUCGUGUCAGCACCAACCAUUGGAGAGCACCUUGUAGUGCUGGACAAAGUGAUGUCAAGACUGGAGAAAUACGGAGUGAGAAUGAAACGCAGCAAGUGUGAGUUUCUCCAGGACUCAGUGGAGUAUCUCGGAUACAAGAUUGAUGCACAAGGCCUGCACCCAACCAACAGCAAGGUGGAAGCAAUCGUAAACGCACCAGCACCCACAAAUAUCUCAGAGCUGAGGUCAUUUUUGGGGAUCCUGAACUAUUACGGAAAGUUUGUAGCAAACUUGUCCUCAUUGUUGCAUCCGCUUCACCAACUGCUGCAGGCCGAUACAAAGUGGAAUUGGUCCCCACAAUGCGAAGAAGCAUUCAAGACUUGCAAACAGCGUCUGCUAAAGAGCAAGUGGCUUGCCCACUACAACACAGAGAUGAAGCUGAGACUCGCGUGUGAUGCAUCUCCAUACGGAGUAGGAGCCGUCAUCUCACAUGUUCUAUCGUCAGGUGAAGAACACCCUAUUGCAUUUGCAUCACGGACUCUGUCACCAAGUGAGAAAAAGUAUGCUCAAAUUGAGAAGGACGCCCUGAGCAUAAUAUUCGGAGUGAAGAGGUUUCACAAAUACCUGUACGGAAGGAAGUUCCAACUGCUGACAGAUCACAAGCCUCUGUUGGCCAUCCUUGGACCAAAAUCAGCUAUACCAACCCUUGCUGCACUUCGAAUGCAACGUUGGGCUCUGAUAUUGUUAGCAUACGACUACGAGAUUGAGUACAGACGAUCCAGUGAUCACGCAAAUGCAGAUGCACUAUCAAGACUACCAUGCAAUAGUGACUCCGACAGUGAAGAUGAUAGAGCAGUCUUCCAGAUCUCUCUCAUUGACGAACUGCCCAUAUCUGCUUCAGACAUAGCAGAGGAAACAAGGAAAGAUCCAGUGCUUUCCAAAGUCUUGGACUUAACAUUAGGAGGUUGGCCAAACUUCGUAAAUGACGAUAACCUUCGUCCAUUCAUCGACAAGAAAGACCAGUUGUCCACUGAUCAAGGAUGUGUUCUGUGGGGAUCAAGGGUGGUGGUACCUCAAAAAUUCCAGAGGAGACUGCUAUCUGACCUGCAUGAGGGACAUCCAGGGAUAACUCGAAUGAAAGCACUCGCUCGCAGUUAUCUGUGGUGGCCUGGACUGGAUCAGGACAUUCAACAGCAUGUAGGCCACUGCUCACCUUGUGAAGCUGUCCGCAACAAGCCUGCUGCUGAACCUCUUCAUCCAUGGUCCUGGGCUGCGACACCUUGGGAACGCAUCCAUGUGGAUUACGCCGAGAUUGACAAGCAACAUUUCCUUGUUGUCGUCGAUGUCCAUUCCAAGUGGAUGGAAGUGUUCCCUACUCAACUGACCACAGCUGAGAAGACCAUCAAUCUUCUCAGACACCUGUUCGCAUCCUUUGGACUAGUCAAGGAGCUCGUAUCGGACAAUGGCCCUCCUUUCAUGUCAAACGAUUUUGAAAUGUUUCUCAAGAACAAUGGGGUAAGGCACAUCCGGUCACCACCUUACCAUCCGGCAUCAAACGGAGCAGCGGAGAGAGCCGUGCAAACCUUUAAGAAGGCCUGGACUAGACUCAAGGUUCAGUCUGUGCCCACCCACCUAAGGCUUCCCCGGUUCCUGUUUACUUUCCGCAACACACCACACACAGUAACGGAAUGUACACCAGCUGAACUGUUUCUGAGACGCCAAACACGUACCCGCCUGACAUUGUUGAAACCAGACUUGUCAAGCACUGUGGCAAAGCACCAGCUACAGCAGAAGAAAGCUCAUGACAGACACUCAAAGACUGUCAGAGAAUUCAAAGAGGGGGAGAGGGUGAUGGUACGUGAUUUCAGACACCCCAAGAGCCUGUGGAACUCAGGUGUGAUCUUGCAACGCAAAGGACCUUUGACUUACCAAGUCCAAAUUGGUCAUCGCCAGGUCAACGUUCAUGUGGAUCAUCUGCUACGGUCCAACGCCCCAGCAGAGACACGCCGAGAGAACAAUAACGACCCCCAGGACUAUUCUCCUGACUGUGGACGUACGGGAGAGACAGAGCCUGACCUUCCACCCGAACCUGGCCCACUACCGGAAGCCCAGGAGGAGCGGAGAUAUCCUAUUCGACAGCGAAAGGCACCUCAAAAGCUUGACCUGUGAGUUGAGCUGUUUGAGGUAACAGACAGUAAAACAAACAAACACUUUAAUAUGUCCUAGAUAAAAGGAAAGAAAAAGGACAUUACCUGGGUUAGUUAUUAGGACACAAACUCCAUCUUCGGGGCAGAAUAAUCCCCUGGAUUUGUGCUGGGCUCUGAAAAGUCUGCUUCAACCCAGUAGUUGAAAAAUGUUAAGAAUGCAUUGUUCAAAUAUUGCAUUAGUAGUUCCCUAACAUAUUUACCUUGUUCUCUGGGAGUUAAACACUAUGGGGGAGGAGUGUAGUAUCUGGGAUCUACAUCUGUUUAUAUUAGUUACUAUGCUGUUACUAAGCAGUGAUUAUUACGACAGUGUUACGUUACUACACCUAAUAGGAAAUGCACAUGCGCACUAGUGUGCCCCAGAGAACUGUAGAGUGAGGAGGUUUUGACUAAAGGAAAACUAACUGUACUCCCGUCUCCU